GUCGCAGAAAGAUUUUCACUUUUCUUGAUAACAAAAAUUCAGGCGGAAAAUCUUAAAAAUAUAUUUUAAUUGUAUCUACUUGAAAAGUUUGUAAGCUUUUAUAUUAAAAGAGUGUGAUUUUGAACGUUUGAAAAUGGAUAAACAUGAAGAUGAAUCGAAGAAACGCCCUUACAAAAUCAAGGAUAUAACGAGGCAAAUAAAGAAAGCGGUUGUCGCCGGUAAUCUUAGAGAACUGCAAAAGAAAUCGAUGGAGAAAUUUGGCAAAGCGUCAUUGCCCAGGAUACAUUUGGAUUCGGAUGGAACAGAAAUUGAUGAUGAAGAUUAUUUUCAGACUCUCGAACCAAACACCGAAUUGAUUGCAGUAUUCAUUGGUGAACAAUGGGUUGAUCCAACGCAAUAUUUGACAAUCACAACACACAAUUCUGAUGAUGAGGGAAUUGAAAGUGGCGACGUGGAAAAAGUUCAUCUCAAGAAGUUGAUAAGUCUCUUGAAGACAAAUCUUUGCAACGUGUCAAUUCUUAGCGAGCCUGACCUCGAGCUUUUAUCAAAUCUUGAUCCAAAUUCUGUUGCUGACGUCAUCACAAAAGAUUACGUUGAACAGUUGAAAGAAGCUUCUGGCAGAGUAUUGGAUGAGAAACGAGAAGCGUUCGAUACACUUGAAUUAUUGAAAUUGAUUGGAAAGCAUCAGGGAAUCGGUAAACAGAACAGUACCGAACAUCGACCGUUCUCUCCGUCGUCAUCAACGACGUCACUCUCCACUAUGAGCAGUUUCUCAAGCAAUAAUCAACAGUAAUUUCAAAAGAUUUUAUCUCAGAUGUUUCAAAAUUAUUAUCUAUUACAUAAAAGUAUUGUUAAUUAAAGAAUAUUUGAAAUAUUAAAUAAAGUUAUGAUAGAAGUGGGUCAUCUUUUAUAUUUUCACAACAGACAGUUGAGAGUUUGCAAUUGAAGAUGACAAGUCAAGUGCUAACAGAAUUGACUGACGUUGAUGUGGAAAUAUAUAGAAAGACGUCUUCUUUUAUUUGAGUUAUAACAUAAAAA